ACUCCCACUCCGUACUGUAGUAGUAUGGAGGGAGGGGAAAGCAAUGGAGCUAUCUUUUUCAGCUGGCUAGUUUCCUUAGCACCUGCCCUUGAAGGCCUGGAUAGAUGUAACUCAGCCUGCGUGUUCCUUUUCUGCCGACUGCCUCUCCUCUUUGUUUAGGUUUUUUACAUUUUUGACAUUUUUUCCGUCCUUGUUUUCCGCGGAGAGAAGCAGGCGCUCUCCCCGGCCAGGAGGCUCAGAUGGGAGGUGCUGCUGUGCGGGGAGGCUCGUCAUGCUGAACGGAGGCAGAGAGGGCCUGUUCGAGCUGGGCAGGCAGCUCCAGAGGCAGGGGGAGCCCCAGGCCGCCCUGCACUGCUUCCUCAGCUGCCUGCUGGGGCUGACGCACGUGCAGAGCUUCCACUCGCUGCCCAACUGCCUGCACCAGAUUGCAGAACUCUUCAUCGAGGAAAAAAAUUAUGUGAAGGCACUCCAGUUCAUCCAGGCUGAGAAGAUGUUCUACGAGGUGGCGUUGCUCGAACUCACUGCUCUUCAGGGGAGCGCUGGUCCUCAGGAGACGACUUCGCUGGGAUCGGCGGGAUGGGAGUCUUCGAAGGAGCUAUCGGAGCAGGCCUCUCAAGCUCAGGACUAUGAGAGACUCGCCCAGGUGUGCAUCAUGAGCAAAAGACCACAUCUUGCUUUAGAGUACAGCGGCAAGGCCACUAAAAUCAGACAGAAAGCCUUUGGCAAUGACCACCCCAUCACAGCCAGGAGCCUGGAGCUCCUGGCGUCUGUCUAUGCUGAGAUAGGCAAGACCGAGUACACAGACUCUCUGGGCCAGUGUGUUUCGGUGCUGUCCAAGAGAUUUACUACAACGGAUACGUUCAGAGACGCACUCAAUGGCGUCCCGCCAACCCACCGGGAGAGACGCUCCGAGGUCCGACACCACCACAGGAAGGACCCCCAUCCUCAACAGGAAGUCUCCAAGCACAAGACCAGCAGCUGUAAAAUCCCCACCUCCAUUUUGAAGAGGCCCAACUGCAGUAGCGUGGACUCCGAGCUGACAUACCGGCGGAAACCAGAGCGACACGUUCGCUUCAGGGAGCCAGAACUUACUGUACACGACAUUCCAAACUAUGACUAUUUAGUAGCAUACGACGCAUCCCCAAGCCGCCCCCACCUGGCCCUCAUCACCUGCCUGUUCCUGCUGCUCUCCGUCCUCGGGGUGGUGCUGUACUGCUCAGACCGCAGGCGGCCACAGCGUGUGUGUGAGGAGCUGGAGGCCGUGUUGGCCGUUUACCUGCUGCAGAUGAAGCAGGUGGUGUGGGGCUGCUGGAUAUGGUUAACCAUGCAGUGACAGAGGCCAGCCAGAGGUGGAGCUCUAGAGCGCUUCUUCCACCGCUUUGCAAGUCUUCACAUGGUCGUUGCCUCUUACACAAGCAUUGCAUCCUCACUGUUUAGUUACGGUGCUGAAACACGCAUCCUAGAAUCUAGCACUGCGCUUACUUAUACUGAUAUAUAGACGUAUGUUAUCAGCGUCAUGUAGCACUCACCCAGCUGUGUAAAUAAUUUUAGGUCAUUUGAAUGCCUUGUUUAUGUUAUUCAGGCCUUUAGCACCUUUGUAACGUGGCCAGUUUUCUCACCAUAAUCUCCACUUGUACAUUUUAGGGUACCAUCAAUGUGGGUGAAUGUUUCCAUGGCAUCCAAAAUAUUUUAUUACAAUUAAAUGUGUUACAUUCAUAUUUUAAUAUUUGAAAAAAAUUACAGGCCUUCAAUACAGUUUAGCAUACAGAUAAAGUAAUGAAAGGCCAAUCACAAAAUUGACAUUGUUAAUACAAAUAGAGCAGUGGUCUCCAACCCUGGUCCUGGAGAGCUACAGGGUCUACUGGUUUUCAUAGUGACUCUGCACUUCAUGAAUCAAUUACAGCAGUUGAUUACAUAGUUAACUCAACUCACCUGGUGUCUUGGGUCUCAAUUGGGUGCUGAUUUUAAGGUGAAAACAAAAACCAGCAGACCCUGUAGCUUUCCAGGACCAGGGUUGGAGACCACUGAUAUAGAGUAUCAAUUUUAUGAAAAGAAAAAUUGUUAAAAUUAAGCAGAAUUGAUUAAUUGAAAGCACAAAUGUUAACACCUUUUGCAAAAACGAAAUGAAAACAGACACAACUUUACGGCAUAUUGAGUCGAUAUUCAUCAUCUGUAUUUUCAAUCCAGGUCACAAGCUUGCUUUUUUAUUUACUACAUAAGAUAUACAUAAUUUUCUGGUAUAUAAAAUUAUCUUUUAUUGAGAAAACAACUCUAUGCAGGACAUUGUAAUUCUACCCACAUGGAUGGUACAUUUGAUUUGUAGUUCACAAUUGAACGAGGAGUAUCUAUUAGCACAGAAUUAUGUAUUCAGUGUAUAUGGUAAUUUAAUCCUAUGAAGGAAAUCUGUUUUCCUUAAGAGUGUACAGUUUUUGCUUUCUGCACUGUAUAGAUAGUUACUAAAAUGACACAAGGAAUUACAUAUUCUGUUACAGAGGAAAGCCUGUGUACCUUUUCUGUAUAUCUGAAGAUGGUAAAGUAAGAAAUAUUCCCUUGUUUGAUUUUAAGUACAUUUUAUAUAGAUUUUGCUAUCUGUUAAUUUUUCUAUUUUUAAUUGCUCUUUGGUAUUCAGAUUUUAAUCUUAAUGUCUAAUGCUAUUCAAACUAGCAUUUUGGAAUUAACAAAUUCUUAUGGAAUUCUAACACAAUGUUUGGUGAAAUAGUUUGUGUAAGGUGUAACACACUGGAUUCUGAUACUCAGUACUCAGUUACUGUAACACACUGUAUAACGGUAAGCACAGAAUAUAACUACAGAAUUCAUUAUGGUCUAGAUAUUUCAUCUGAGAGUACCUUUUGAAAAAUAUGCUUAUUUUUAAAUGUGCAUUUUACAUUUCAUUAUUAAUUCAGGCAUUUUAACCCUAUUGACAAGACAAGAAAAUAAAGGCAAAAAAUAAACGCAAACACAGUACUGUUAAAUAUAUGUUUUGUAUUAUUUUAAUUUGAAAGCGAUAAAACACAAAACACUGUUUCCAAUAAUUUGUAUUCUUUGCAUUAUAAGUUUCAGGGAACACAACCAUACUGUAAAUAGCAAGACAGCCUCUAUAAGUGUUACACUUGAAUUUCAAAGCAAUACGGUGCAACAGUUGUCCAGAAGAAUACUGUCGAUAUUCAUAGAGAAUGUUUCAUAUUCUACAAUUCCUGCUGAAAUGUCAGCCCUUUCAAGCAAUAAAACAUAUCCCCAGAAAGUUCA